AUGUUGCGAGUCGGCUCGUGGCUGUAUGGCAAGAAGCCAGCCAGCGCUUCAACGCAGUCGCUGGACUCGCUGGUGGAAUCGAAGGAUUGUGAGUGCCGAGUUUCUUUGUCGGCCACUUUAAUCCUGAAUGAUGAUGUCGAUGGCGCUGAAAAUGGCCUCGCCAAGGGCACUUCUUCAUUUCACAAUCUGGGAAAGGGCGUGGUGGCAUUUGUCCGAGCUACGCUGGGUUUUGAGCAGGAAAUAAUGCGACAAGCAUCGGAACGUCUGAGCGAGGCGGAGACGACUGCCGCAAGCGAUCAGUACCGCGCUCAGCACAAUUCUCACGCCCCAAAUGCCUUCCAUUCGGAGAUUUAUACUGCGGGCACCGAAUAUGCGCUUUGCCAGGCUAUUGCGCAACUCAUGAGUGCCGUUGUCGGAGUAUUGAACGAGAGUUUGACAGAAAGCAUCAAAGCAUUCUAUAGACUGCGCAAGGCUUAUAUCACCCUGGACGCGAUUCUGAAGAUGGAAGAGAAAUUUAUGGAGCUGAGAGAGCCAGGUCAGGUCCUGCACGCGAGCUCCAGUGAACUUGGCAAGUCCCGGGCCUCUCCACAUAAGUCAGCGGACAAUUUGAGCCUGUCAUCGGUCACCAAGGGUUCAACAGCCACCCAUGCAGCGGCUGAGGGCAAAGCGACUACCGAGACUUUAAGUGGCUUGACUAUAAACCAGGAACCCAGUUCCUCUAAUGCCUCCACGGGCGCCUCCACACCCAACGGGACACACAAAAUCAACCAUGAUCCCGACUCAGACAUCUUCAAGAAUGAGAUCGACGUCUUUAUUCAUUCGGGUGCCAAUUUCUGUUUCGGUAUUCUCCUCCUACUAAUCUCCAUGGUGCCCCCUGCGUUCAGCAAGCUUCUCUCCAUUAUUGGAUUCUAUGGCGAUAAGCAAAGAGGCCUAAGGAUGCUCUGGCAAGCCAGCAAGUUCCACAAUUUGAUCGGGGCCAUGUCCGCCCUCUCACUUCUGGGCUACUAUAAUGGCUUUGUCCGUUAUUGUGAUAUCAUGCCUGAUCCAACUCCCGGCGAAGGUGACGUGGAGGGGUAUCCACAGGAAAGGCUGGCUGCUCUGCUGGCGGAGAUGCGGUCCCGUUUCCCGAACAGUCGGCUUUGGCUCCUCGAGGAAUCGCGGAUGAAAGGAGCCAAUAAGGAUCUGGAUGGAGCACUGGAAAUGCUCUGUACGAAGAACAAGAGCCCUCUCAAGCAGGUCGAGGCUCUGUGCGUGUUUGAGAAGAGCUUGAACGCACUCUUUCUUCACAGAUACGACGUCUGCUCCGAGGCGUUCCUGGAGUGUGUUGAACUCAACUCCUGGUCACGCUCGCUUUAUUACUACAUUGCCGGAUCUUGCCAUGUCGUCCGUUACCGUGAAUUCAUCACAUCCGAUCCAAAGCGCGCAGAGGAACAUGCCAGCAAGGCUGCCGAAUACAUUCGGCGGGCACCUCCCCUUGCUGGCAAGAAGAAAUUUAUGGCUCGACAACUCCCCUUUGACGUGUUUGUCUCGCGGAAAAUCGCCAAAUGGGAGGCACGAGCCAAGGACUGGGAUGUGCCCCUCGUGGACGCCAUCGGCGUGGAUCCAAUUGAGGAGAUGAUCUUCUUCUGGAACGGUCACAGCCGCAUGACUCGGGAACAACUGGAAGAGUCUCUAACGCACCUGGCGUGGUGCGAGGGCGAGGCCAACCAAACAUGGUCCCGCGAAGGCCCGGAAGAGAAAGCUAUUUUGGACCUACUCCGCGCGGCCGUUUUUCGAUCACUGCAUAACCACGAAGAAGCCAAAAGCAUUCUGCAGACCCGCGUGCUGAACCACGACAAAUCCCUGUUCAAGGGCCACCUCAAAGAUGACUGGAUCCACCCGGCCGCACAUUUCGAAAUGGCGGCUAACUUGUGGAUGGAGCGUCCGGGUUACCUGACACUCCAUGGGCUCCUAACCACAGACGGUGACACUUCUUCCCAGGAGACUUCUGACACGGAGCGAAAGCUGGUGACCGAGUGCAAAGAAUACUUGGACCAUGCUGCCCGGUGGGAAGGUUACGAACUGGAUGCGCGCAUCGGGCUCAAAGUGACUGCGGCCCUAGAAGCGGUCGGGCACUGGGAGAAAAUGCACCCUGCAUGA